ACUCGGUCUUUGCUCAGUGUAUUUGAAGAAGAUGCAGGAACCCUUACUGAAUAUACAAACCAGUUGCUUCAAGCAAUGCAACGAGUCUACGGUGCUCAGAACGAAAUGUGUCUUGCCACGCAACAGCUUUCGAAGCAGCUCCUUGCAUAUGAAAAGCAGCAUUUUACCUUAGGUAAAGGAGAUGAAGAAGUGAUAUCCACCCUUCAUUACUUUUCAAAAGUUGUGGAUGAGCUCAAUAUUCUUCAUUCUGAACUGGCAAAACAGCUCGCAGAUACGAUGGUUCUCCCAAUAAUACAAUUUCGGGAAAAGGAUCUCACAGAAGUAAGCACAUUGAAGGAUCUUUUUGGCCUUGCUAGCAAUGAACAUGACGUGUCCAUGGCAAAGUAUAGCAGGUUACCGAAAAGGAAAGAAAAUGAAAAGCUGAAGGCAGAAGUGGCAAAAGAAGUGGCAAAUGCAAGAAGAAAGCAGCACCUUUCAUCUCUGCAAUAUUACUGUGCCCUUAAUGCUCUGCAGUACAGGAAGAGAGUGGCAAUGAUGGAACCUAUGCUAGGAUAUACACGAGGACAGAUCAACUUUUUUAAGAAAGGAGCAGAGAUGUUUUCCAAAAGAAUGGACAGCUUUUUGUCAUCUGUUUCAGACAUGGUUCAAAGCAUACAGGGAGAGUUGGAUGCUGAAGCUGAAAAAAUGAGGGUAUCCCAGCAGGACUUAAUUGCAGUUAAUGAAUCUGUUUACACCCCAGAUUCUGAUGUAACUUCACCUGCUAUCAAUAGAAAUCUCAUCCAGAAGGCUGGCUACCUUAAUCUUAGAAAUAAAACAGGUCUGGUGACUACAACUUGGGAAAGACUGUAUUUCUUCACUCAAGGUGGCAACUUGAUGUGUCAGCCAAGGGGAGCAGUAGCUGGAGGACUGAUCCAGGACCUGGACAACUGCUCUGUUAUGGCUGUAGACUGCGAGGACAGAAGAUACUGCUUUCAGAUCACUACUCCUACAGGCAAAGCGGGUAUAACCCUUCAAGCAGAAAGCAAGAAAGAAUACGAGGAGUGGAUCUGUGCCAUCAACAACAUCUCCAGACAGAUCUAUCUCACUGACAAUCCAGAGGCAGCCGCAAUCAAGUUAAAUCAGACAGCGCUGCAAGCAGUGACUCCUAUUACCAGCUUUGGGAAAAAACACGAAGUUCACCACCCCAGCCAGAAUGUAAAGAAUAUGGAAAAUGAUAAAAUAAUUCCCAACGAAUCGGCUGGCAUACAAGAUUCCCCACAACUCAUUGCUCCUGGAACACCGAUUCAAUUUGAUAUCGUACUGCCUGCCACAGAAUUCCUGGACCAGAACAGAGGUGGCAGGCGUGCAAAUCCAUUUGGGGAAUCUGAAGACAGCAGCAAAGACGAGGAAGAUUCACUCUUGCAGCAGAUGUUCAUAGUUCGGUUUUUGGGAUCUAUGGCUGUUCAGUCAGAUGACACAAGUGAAGUGAUUUAUGAAGCUAUGAGACAAGUGUUAGCUGCUCGUGCCAUUCACAACAUAUUUCGUAUGACUGAGUCCCAUCUCAUGGUCACCAGCAAGAACUUGAGGUUAAUCGAUCCUCAAACCCAAGUUACGCGAACAAGCUUUGAACUUGCUACUGUGACACAGUUUGCUGCUCAUCAGGAUAACAGGCGACUGAUUGGCUUUGUGGUCCAUCUCAGCGAGCCUCUGGGAGAAGAAUCCAUGAGCGCAUACAUUUUUGAGAGCAACACAGAAGGAGAAAAGAUUUGUUAUGCCAUUAGCUUGGGAAAAGAAAUCAUUGAGGCACAGAAGGACCCAGAAGCAUUAGCUCAGCUGAUGAAGUCUGUCCCAUUAACUAACGAUGGAAAGUUCAUGCUUCUGAAUGAUCAGUCAGCAGAGGAUGGAACCACACGUGAAGAAGGGGAGGAAUCAGAAGCAUAA